GCUCGGCAGUCAGAAGAUUGUUCAAGGGUCCUGAAUAAACUGCUUGGAGAAGAGCUCCUGCGUUGAGUCUUCCUUGCUGGUCGAGGGUGGACGCGACAACUGGCGGCCCAUACGCGCGACAAUAGGGGAAAGCGAAGCUCAGAACUUCAAGCAGUCAGGGUGGUGCACCGGUAAGUUCCCAGGUUAAGUUGGGACAAGGGAAGGCCCUCGGUAAAAGAGGCAAUAAAGUUUCUGGGUAGGAACAAUAAAGCUCCCAGGUCAGUGGGACGAGGGAAAGUUCCCAGGUAAAUGGGACGAGGGAAAGUUGUGGAAUAAGGGAAAGCUCCCGAGGUGAGUUGGAACAAUAAAGUCCACGGAGUGCAGCCAUUUUGCUCUUCUCUGCAGACAGAGCGGAAAAGUUUACAUUGUUGCAGACCAAAAGUGAAAGGCACAGUGUGCCGAAAGUAUGGGCGCUUCUCAGUCGCACCCAAUUUUUUUUGGCUCUUCAGGAGCUGCUGCUGUUAUCUAAAAAUUUGAAACUUAAGAAAAGCACCCUUGAAAGGUUUUUGGAUGAGUGUGAUAUCAUUGCUCCUUGGUUCGCAGUUUCCGGUAAUUUAACUAUCGAUUGUUGGGAUAAAUUGGGAAAGGAUCUAGACUUUGCAUGGGGUCAGGGAACGCUCAAGUCAGGGGUCAGACCUGUGUGGAAGCUUAUCAGGAACUGUUUGGAGGAUCAGAGGUGCUGCAGGGCAGUAGAGGAGGGACAGACUGCCCUGGAAAUGCUGAAAGAGGAGCGCUCAGUUAAGUCGAGUGGGAAGGAGGAUUCUGACACAGACUGGUCAGAUACUGAUGAGGAGCUUCAAGCUCUGAUUGAAAAGGUAGAGAAACACUCUCUGAAAGAAGGAAAGAAGAAAAGGGAGGUAGACAAAGACCCAGAGACAACUGCAGGGCCAUCAGGGGUAGUGCCUCCUACUCCUCCGCCAUAUAAUGCCCCGAGCGCCCCUAUUGAAGGCUCGGGACAUUCAUUUUACCCAGAAGUAUGGCGAGCAGUGAGAUCGGAGUUGCAACUUGCUUGCCCAGUUUUUCAAGAUGCUCAAGGUAAUCGUUAUGAGGAGCCUCUUGAUUUUAAGGUCAUAAAAUCUUUGGCAGAAUCAGGACAUAUGGCAUUACGUUCACUCUGGCUCAAGUUGAGGCAUUAAAUAGACAUUGUAUGACACCUAGUGAUUGGAGCAGCUUGGCUCGUGCCUGUUUGAGCCCUGGGCAAUAUCUGGAUUGGAAGGCAUUCCUCAUUGAGUAUACUACAGAGCAGGCUGCUACAAAUCAGAGGAAUGGUAAUCCUGCUUGGGAUAGGGAUAUGUUGCUGGGACAAGGAAGAUUUGCCAACCAGCAGACAGGGUAUCCUGUGCAAGUGUUUGAGCAAGUAAAUCAGAUCGCCAUUAAGGCGUGGAAGUCUUUACCUAAUAAAGGGGAAGUAAGUGGCAACCUGACUGAGAUUCUACAGGGUAUUGUGGAACGUGCUCAUCGCACCUUAAAAGAAUGCCUACAAAAACAAAAAGGGGGAGUAGGCCAAGGCCGUGCCCCCAAGGAGAGAAUAUCGUUAGCCUUAUUUACCCUAAAUUUUUUAAAUUUGGAUGUCCACGGCCGCUCAGCUGUGGACAGACAUCAGAAUUCUCAUGGCCCCUCUAGAAGCAUGGUAAAAUGGAAAGAUGUCCUAAUGGGCUCCUGGCGAGGGCCUGAUCCCGUGCUGACAGGGGCACGAGGUUCUGUUUGUGUUUUUCCUCAGGACCAGCAAGAUCCAGUGUGGGUGCCCGAGCGCCUGGUGCGGAAGGUUCGCCAUGAAGACCCUCCUGAGGCUCGAGAUGAUGAUGGUGACAGUGACACCAGGGUUAGAGACUGAGGGAGCUGGAGGCAUCUAGAGAACCCCUGCUUCGUGACAUCUUCCUCUUGACCAAGUGGGCGGGUUUGGGAUCCUUGGCUAUACUCAUGGUGCUAGCCUCCUCUAUCUGCCUGUGGUUUAUUUGCAAGGUUAGGGUUACACAAAAACGUAAUGCAGCCAUGAUUAUCCAAGCCUUUACUGCCUUUGAGGCCGGACGGUUCCCCCAAGCUUGGCUGGCAGCCAUCAAGCCUUGAGUCAUCACGUUCAGGUUGCGAGGCUAAGCACUGCACUUGAGGUAUGCUGUCAGCUGCUAGCAGCCUCAAGGGGAGCAAGUCUGAUUGAUGCGGGUUAGUGCCGUCCUUUCCCCCAACCGGUUCCAACGUUGUUCCCGCCUCAGCAAAAAUUGGCACUGGACAGAUCUGACACUGCCUGGGCAGGGAUGCUCAGGGAGGGUUAGCACAAUGUUCGUUGUUCUUUCUGAGAUCAGACCUCUACUCUCACCUGUUUCGUAUAAAAACAAAAAGGGGGAACUGUGGAAAGCCGCAUAGUGCUGUGCCUUUAAGAUGGCACCAGUCUCCGCCUUCCACCACCUGUUGGCGAGAACUCUUAGGAGUAAACAACUCCUUAUAUGGCUGUGGCUGGUGAUCUGGCUUGUCUCCGUGAGUGCGGACCUAUCUGCUGUUGCCA